UGGCGAAAGUGCGCCGCGGGAAGCACCGCGCGCCUUCUCCUCGCCAACCGGAAGUUGCCCAGUCUGAAUGGGUCCUGAAGCCGGUGACUGUGGUUCCUCUGUUUCCACUUAACACCGGGCGGCUCCUUGGCGGCGUGGUCUUGUCAGCCUCUGGACCGCCAGAUUUCAUGUGGAGGCUCCCAGGCGCCCGCGCCGCACUUCGUGGGGUCCGGAAGGCGGUGAAACAGCGCAGCCGGGCCGACGCGGCAACUGACGCGGCGGUGGGCGCGAUGGAGCGCGCUGUCGUGCGCUGUGUGCCCUCGGAGCCCAAGCUGAGCCUAUCGUUUGCUUUGGCUGACGGCAGCCACAAAAACAUGCAGCGCGACCAGAGCGAGCCGCUGGGUCGGGCGCUCAGCCGGAUCGCCACCAACGCCCUCAAAGGCCAUGCUAAGGCGGCUGCCGCCAAGAAGAGCAGGAAGAACCGACCGAACCCGAGCGGCGCUGCGGCCUGCGCGGGGACCGGGCCGGAUCCGGCUGCGGCCUGCGAGCCCGUGGUGAAGCUGUACUACCGGGAGGAGGCAGUGGCCGACGAUGUGCUCAACGUGGACGCCUGGCAGGACGGCGCCGUGCUGCAGAUCGGCGAUGUCAAGUACAAGGUGGAGCGUAACCCGCCCGCCUUCACCGAGCUGCUGUUGCCGCGCUAUAUCAUGGCCGGCUUCCCCGUGUGCCCCAAGCUCAGCCUGGAAUUUGGGGAUCCCGCCGGCUCGCUUUUCCGCUGGUACAAGGAAUCCAAGCCCGGAGCGGCGGAGUCCGAGGACAGUGGCCCUUCGUCCUUGUCUCGCUCCUCUCCCCCUUCUGCUUGGACAGAGGCGGGUGUAGAAGAGCGUGUCUACACCCCGUCCAAUGCUGAUGUCGGGCUAAGGCUCAAGCUUCAUUGCACGCCCGGCAACGGGCAGCGCUUCGGGCCCAGCCGGGAGUUGGAAAGUGUGUGUCCGGUGGAAGCCGGGCCUGGCACCUGCACGUUUGACCAUCGGCAUCUCUACACCAAGAAGGUGACGGAGGAUGCGCUCAUCCGCACGGUGUCCUACAAUGUCCUGGCGGACACCUACGCCCAGACCGACUUCUCCCGGACGGUCCUGUACCCGUACUGUGCCCCCUACGCCCUGGAGCUGGACUACCGCCAGAACCUGAUCCAGAAGGAGCUCGCGGGCUACAACGCCGACCUCAUCUGCCUGCAGGAGGUGGAUCGCGCCGUGUUCACCGAUAGCUUGGUCCCCGCGCUCGACGCCUUCGGGCUGCAGGGCGUCUUUCGGAUCAAACAACACGAAGGCCUCGCCACUUUCUACCGGAGGUCCAAGUUCAGCCUGCUCAGCCAGCAUGACAUUUCCUUCCAGGAAGCCCUCGAGUCUGACCCACUUCACAAAGGUCUACUGGAGAAACUUGCCUCGUACCCACUGGCACAGGAGAGGGUGCUGCAGAGGUCCUCCGUCCUUCAGGUUUCAGUUCUUCAGUCUAUAAAGGACUCUUCUAAAAAGAUAUGUGUUGCUAAUACCCAUCUCUACUGGCAUCCAAAAGGUGGGUACAUUCGACUCAUUCAAAUGGCAGUAGCCUUGGCUCACAUUAGACAUGUCUCGUGUGACCUGUAUCCUGGCAUACCAGUUAUAUUUUGUGGGGACUUUAAUAGUACUCCAUCAACAGGAAUGUAUCAUUUUGUCAUCAAUGGCAACAUUCCAGAGGAUCAUGAAGACUGGGCUUCCAAUGGGGAAGAGGAAAGAUGCAACAUGUCUCUCACACAUUUCUUCAAACUCAAAAGUGCUUGUGGUGAACCUGCUUACACAAAUUAUGUUGGUGGCUUUCAUGGAUGUCUAGAUUACAUUUUUAUUGACUUAAAUGCUUUAGAGGUUGAACAGGUGAUUCCAUUACCUAGUCAUGAAGAAGUUACCACCCACCAGGCCUUACCUAGUGUUUCCCAUCCCUCUGAUCACAUAGCCCUUGUAUGUGAUUUAAAAUGGAAAUAGAUUUCUGUUUAAUGGAAUUUUGAGUCUGAAAAGGAAGUUAGUUACUUUUCAGGAAAUUUAAUAUGAAUCAAAGCUUAUAUGUAAUCUUCGAAGAGGACAUCUAGACACUACAGUAAAACUGUUCAUUCCCUACUAGUUAUGUUCCAGAUGUGUUUGUUACAAGACUGUUCAUAAUAUUUGCAUCACAGUUUCUCUACCUUUUUAAAUUUUCCUAUACUUGGAGGAAAAACAAAUAUAUUUAGGACUAGCAAGAAGAAAAUUGAAUUCUUGUGUACAUUUUAUAAGUGGAUUUUUUUUAAGCUGGUAAGAAUUUUUUACAUACCAUUUGAUCUUAAAAUUUUCCUUUCAUAACACAUUUCACAUUAAAUUAUGUUCAUAUAAUUGGGGGUGUGGAAUUGUACAGGCUAAGGUGAGAGAACCAAGUUAAGACAAAUGGAAGGAAUAACAUUAAGGCCUACCUCUACCUCAAUUUGGUUAGCAAUUUAUUACAACUUCAGAGCUUUAACAAAAGAUUAAAAUGUACCAUCACCAGUUGUUAUUGCUUCUCUUUUAUUUUUACCAACAAGGUUUUUUCACUCUUUUUUGUAUUUUACUU